GAAGUUUCAUAGAUGAAGAAGGAAAAGACCCAGUGCGCAGGCGUAAAACCACGUACCCCGAGCUCUACAGCAUCGCGCUGUUUUGGCCCUAUGCUAACUAGCUCGUAGCUGGUGGUGUGUGUCAAGUCAUACAUUGGGCUUGUUAGGGGAAGCAUAACGGUGGAGAAGAAGGGGGUCCCUGGAAGCGCCGCGAAAUGGCCGGGCAACAGUUUCAGUACGAUGACAGCGGCAACACAUUUUUCUACUUCCUAACGUCCUUCGUUGGACUCAUCGUCAUCCCAGCCACAUAUUACCUCUGGCCAAGAGAUCAGAAUGCUGAGCAGCUGCGUCUGAAGAGCCUUCGAAGGGUGCACGGUCGUUGUCUCUGGUACCGUCUCCGUUUGAUGAGGUCACAGCAGAGCAUCAUUCCAACACUGAAGAAAGCAGCCCUGUUGUUUGGCUGGGCUGUGUUUCUGUUGCUGGCCUACAAAGUAUCCAAACUGGACCGGGAGUACCAGGAGUAUAACCCGUAUGAGGUCCUCAGCCUGGACCAGGGAGCGUCUGUCUCCGAGAUUAAGAAGCAGUACCGCCUCCUGUCCCUGAAGUUCCACCCUGACAAAGGAGGAGAUGAAGACAUGUUCAUGAGGAUCGCAAAGGCAUACUCUGCGCUGACCAAUGACGAAUCAAGACAGAACUGGGAGACCUACGGUAACCCAGACGGUCCAAGAGCGACUAGUUUUGGCAUCGCUCUGCCUGCAUGGAUAGUGGACUCCAAGAACUCAAUGCUGGUGUUGCUGGUCUAUGGUUUAGCCUUCAUGGUCAUCCUGCCUGUCGUCGUGGGGACAUGGUGGUACCGGUCCAUUCGUUACAGUGGAGAUCAGAUCCUCAUUAACACCACCCAGCUCUUCAUGCACUUCAUGUACAAGACUCCUAACAUGAAUAUGAAACGGUUAUGCAUGGUGUUGACAGCAGCUUUCGAGUUUGACCCUCGCAGCAACAAAGAGGCCACCAUACGACCAACAGAUAACCUUGAAGUACCACAGCUGAUCCGAGAGUUGGGAAACAUCAAUGUAAAGAAGAAGGAGCCCCCGUUCUGCUACCCCUACAGCCUAAAGGCCCGGGUCCUAGUUCUGGCCCACCUGGCCCGAAUGGAGGUCUCAGAAGACAUCGAAGAAGACCAGAGGUUUGUCGUGAAGAAGAGCCCGGCUCUGCUCCAGGAGAUGGUGAACGUGGGCUGUCAACUCACCAUGAUGGCCAACAGCAGAGGAGGUUUCCACGCCCCCCGGCUGGUAUCUAUAGAGAACUGUAUGAAGCUGACUCAGAUGGUAGUUCAGGGUCUGCAGGAAUCCAAGUCACCUCUCCUUCAGCUCCCUCACUUUGAAGAGGAGCACCUACGAUACUGCAUCUCUAAGAAGUAUAAGGUGCGUAGCCUGCAGGAUCUGGUCAGUCUGAAGGACUCUGACCGUCGGAGCAUGCUCCGUUUCCUUGGCGAGGAAAAAUAUGAUGAGGUUAUGGCUGUUCUCGGCAGCUUCCCACACAUCACCAUGGAAACCAAGCUGCAAGUCCUGGACGAUGAAGACAGCAAUAACAUCACAGCUGGGUCCAUCGUCACGGUGACCGUAACUCUGACCCGGAAGAGAAUGGCGGAGGUGUUUGAGAAAGAGCAGGAUUCAUCACCUUGUCCUGGGGUCGUAGAAGAGGCCAGUACGGAGGAUACUGUCACGCCGGGAGACCCCAGUAAAAACAAAGUCAAGGUGUGGCAGAGCAAAGCGAAAGCUACAAAGAAGACAAAGCAGUCCAAAAAGAAGAAACUCACCAAGAAAAAGCCCCUCCCACUGCCGGCAUCUAAAGCUAAACAGGCCAAUGGGAGUGCACCAGGAAAUGAUGUUGUUGGCGUGGUGAAGGAGGAAGAGGAGGACGAGGACGCGUCAGACAAGGGCAGCGAAUCAGAGGAUGGCGAGGGGAACAAGGAUUCUCCAAGUGAAAGAGACGAGGAGAGCGACAAACAGAGCGACACGGAGGUGGACGAGAUUGCUGGGGACGAUGAGGAGGAAUGGGAGGCACUGCAGCAGAGCAUCCAGAGGCGGGAGCGAGCGUUGCUGGAGACCAAGUCCAAGGUCACCCACCCUGUCUACAGCCUCUACUACCCGGAGGAGAAGCACGAGUGGUGGUGGCUGUACAUCGCUGACCGCCGGGACCAGACACUGGUGUCCAUGCCCUGCCACGUCUGCACGCUGAGAGACACGGAGGAGGUGGAGUUAAAGUUCCCGGCCCCAUCUAAAACAGGGAACUAUCAGUACUCUGUAAUCCUGCGUUCUGACUCUUACAUGGGUCUGGAUCAGAUCCGUCCCCUCAAGCUGGAGGUGCACGAGGCCAAGGCGAUACUGGACAACCACCCCCAGUGGGACAUCCCAGAGACGGAGGAGGAGGAUGAGGAGCAGGAGGACAGCGACGGCAUAGAGGAGAGUGAAGAAGAUGACCAAGACAACGACUGAACACACACACUGAGAACUCCCUUGGACACACUUUCCCUUCAACCCCCCCACCCCCUUUUAGAUGUGAUCUCCUUGCCCUGGCGCACAGACACACACACACACACAUAGACACGUGCCUCAGGACCAUUUGGAUUCCUAUGGCCACCCCCUUCACCCCCCCACCUUGCCAGGUGAACACACACACACACACACUACAGCAACUUAGACGGGUGGGUGUAAGAGAACUUUGGUUAUCAGAAUAAACAUAAGAAAUGGACUUCCAAAUUAAAAUCAUGACAUUCUUUUUGUUUCAUACUUUCACUUUUCAUAAUCACAGUGGAUCCCCUCUGACAGCGGACUGUGUUUUAUUAGAGUUCAAAUGAGGUGUAUUCAUUUAUACUGGACAUUUUAGUCAUUUAGCAAACACACUUCCAGGCAAUAGGUGUAAUCUCUAGGAAACAACAGGAAGGAACCUACCAGAUGUUGUCCAAAUAAAAACUCUUGUUUUCGUUACUGAACGUUUUUCAUUUGCUACAGUACAAAUGCAAUUCCCUUCCAGGGAAUUCUUCAUUCUUUAUGGUCCUUACCUUUGGAAUGGGAUUUAAGCCGUCUUUUAAGAAAUAUUUUUGUGUUUGUGGAAAAUAGACUUCUGCUAGAUUCCUUUUCAAUUGCUUUUUUUUUUU